AUGUACCGACCUCGCGAGUUCGUGAUGUUUCUUUCUUGUGGUAGUGUCUACCGUACUACCGCAGAAACACGGGAAACUCAAUGGCUCAACGUCAGUCGUUUCCCAGGUCCAAGUACCUUCCGGAAAUUGUACAUGCGGCUGCCGAAUACAUUUAACUCUGCGAAGCCAUUUAGCUCAAGCUACACACUGUUUCGGUUUAUCAAAGUAUCUAUACCUCUAUGGAUAGUAUGCUCUCAUCCCACAGUCACCACCUUUGACACGCGUUACUUUACAUCUUUCUCGAUGUUACAAGACGAGAUGGCAUCAAGAAGGCUGGAUGAGACCUACGACCCAAUGGCAGGAUCAAAAUGCCGACGAUGUAUUCUUCACUGGUGAUGAAUCCUGUGACCCAAUAAGCCGACCCGCAAGUCCAAAAGCCGAAGGGCAUUCCGAAUCGAGAUAUCAUGUGGACUGGCAGACCUGUCUUUGCCUUGUGACGUUGUUCAACACUGUUCAAGCUGUACUGACAAGAUGUCAGAGAUCAUCUCAGCAAGAACGUAAACAGGCUCAGAUCCUGACAACUACGGAAGACUGCCGCAAACAGUAUAACCAGUACCCCGAAAGUCUUGUUCUACAAACUCGGUUCUCGCGGUUCAGAAGCUUGAAUAGGAUUCAUGAUUUGUUGGAUGGCUACUCAGCCGGUGGCUUCUUAGCCAGUAUGAGAAGCUCACAUCGGGGAGAAACGAAUGCGGGCAGCCUGAUGAUGGCUGAUCAGCUUGCCCAACUAAUAGCGCAUCGCAUGGGCCCUUUUCGUAGGCUCUCAUUACUUUUGAGUCAGGGAUCACUUGUCAUCAACGUGGAAACCCAGCAGUUUGAUUGCGCCGACAUGCAAAGACGGUCUUCAGCCAACCACUUGACCGACGCCACUCUACAUACUGUACGUGCCACGCUCUCCAUGAUCGUCCAGCCCUACCAUGGUGAGACCGAGAGUUGGGGCAACGUCACAGUCAUUGAGCGCACCAACCCCUCCAAAGUAUGUAGUUACCAAUAUGACGAGAUUCCAAGCAGUCAGUCAGUUGGCUUAUACGAGAAGAACGGAAUUUCUUGCCGAUGGGAAAAGGCGAGGAGGCACUCUGAGUGGUUGGAAACCGCUGUUUACCGGUACAAGGAGGAGUGAACGGUGUAAAGGAACUUCCAGAAAAGGGAGGAAAUAACUAAUGACAAGCGCAACCAAGAAAGUUCAACAGGUUUGAAGCCGAGGGCCAAGCAAGCCGAGUCGCCAUCUGCAUUGGCACCGACAUCCCAACCAGUCAUGCGUUCCUGCGAUCGUCCGAACAAAGGACUUUCUUGAUAUCCAAUCACAAAAUUCUCCAGCUUGAAUGGUACCUUUGUUUGGGCCUCGUGGUUGCCCAUCGACCCGGACUUUGUUCUUUGCCCUUAUUUCCAAACGCUGCAUGGCGUGUCGUUCUGUGCGCGGAUAGCCAUUCAAGAUGCGUCCGUGAUGGGUUUUUCCGGGGAAGUAGGGGCUUUCAGUUGUUGCACCACAUCGACAUGACAACU